UGCUGGAUGCCUCUGUUUCCGUUAUACUGACUACUCGACUUUUAGUAGAAUGACCUUACCGUUUUUAGCACCACUUUCACUUGGAUGCUCAACUCAUACCCCUUGAACUGGCGAAGUACCCCGGCAGCGAAUAAGGGAAUAGAAUGAAAGGCUUUAUGUCUCAACUUGCCAGCGGGGCGGUGGGCAAAAAUUUGCAAGAGGGCCUCGGCACGCUCGCAAACAAGGCGCAAGGUAUCGCGCAAGGAUUGGCGCACGGUGCUGCAAAGCCAAACAGCUCCGGGGCCUCGAGCGGUAAUCCUGCACAAGCUGCACAUCCACGUAGUUUAGCACCGAAGGAAUCUACUCAAGUGGACUCCCAACUAAAACUCCAGGAGCCAUGUGGGGCAGGCGAGGAGGCGAACAUGCUGCGACAACAGAUUGUGCAGCUGCAGGUCAAGAACGGCAUGCUGCAGUCGGAGCUGGAGGAGGCACGCAGCCACGCGGAGGAGGCUGCCCGGCUGCGUGGCGAGGUGAGCUCGCUGGAGACCAAGCUGCUGUAUGCGCUCAAGGGGGCCAAGGCCAUGGAACCGCUGCUGCCCACGGUCACGAAGGCGCAGCUGGAGCGGAUCGACCAGCUGACGCAGAUGCUGGCGGAGCGGGACGGUCAGGCGGCGGGCCUGCGCGCGGACAACACCCGGCUGAGGUGCAAGGUGGAGGACCUCAUGACCAGCAUGGCCUCCGCAGCUCGCCAGGCGCAGCGGACCCAGGAGGACCUCUGGGCGCAGCUGGCGGCGGCGCAGCAGGAGGCGCAGCGGCUGCGAGGAGGUGCCGGCGGCGGUGGUGGCAGCGGCAGCGCCGCGAGUGAUGGCAGCGGCGGCGAUGUUGGGGCGCUUCGCGCAGAGCUGCAGCAUGCACGUGACGUCAUUACCGAGCUUGAGGCAGAGACGGAGGAGCUGAGGGCAGCAGCAGCGGCGGCGGCUAGCGCCCCGGGGCCCCGCAGCCCCGGGGCUGCCUCCGCCAGCGCUGAGGCUCUGGAGUGGCGCGUAGCGGAACUGGAGGAGCAGCUGGAGGAGGCGAACGAGAAGCUGAAGGCGGCGGAGAGGAAGGUGCUGAGGUCGCCGUCGCGGGGCGGCGCAGCACCGCCGUCGCCAGCGGCGGCAGCGGCAGCUCCCGCCGCAGUUUCCGCAGUUGCGGAGUUGGAGGCCAAGGUGGAGCAGCUCAUGGAGGCUUUGGAAUCCGAGAGGCAGAAGACGGCGCAGGCCGCCGCUGCAGCAGCCGCUUCGACGGAGGCGGCGCGCGAGAGCGAGACCGCCGUACAGGAUUUGCAGAAGCGCGUGGCGAUGCUGGGCGUGGAGGGCCGCACGCUGGCGGCGGCACGUGACGCUGCGGAGAAACGCGCCCAAGCGCUUGAAACACAGCUUUGCGCGCUUCGGACUGAGCAUGAAAAGGCAUCGGCGGAGGCUACCGCAGCGGCGUCGGCGGCGGCAGAAGCGUCUCUUGCGGCGUUGCAGUCCCAGCUUGACGCCAUGUCCGUUCGUGCUGCCGAGCAAGAGAAGGCACUGGCCGAUGCAAAGGCGACAGCAGCAGCAGCGGCAGAGGCGUCUCUCACAGCACUACAAUCCCAGCUCGACGCCGUGACCGCUCGCGCCGCCGAGCAAGAGAAAGCACUGGCGGAAUCUAAAGCAGCGGCAGCAUCACCGUCAGACGCCUCCGUCGCAACGUUGCAAACACAGCUCGACACCAUGUCCGCGCGCGCUGCCGUACUCGAGCAAGAGCUGACGGCAGCGGUGCAGAGGGCGGCGGAGCUGCAGCAGCAGCUCCAAGACGCCUCCUUCAGGGCAGCGGCGGCGGAGGACCGUGCCGAGCAAGGGGCCGCACGGGAGGCGGCGGCGCGGGCUGAGGCGGCGGAGGCGAAGAGCCGUACGGAGGCGACGGCGGCGCAGCUGGCGGAGGCGCAGAAGGCGGCGGCGUCAGCGGAGCAGCGGGCGCGGGAGCUGGCGGCGGACCUGGUGGUGACGCAGCGGAAGCUGGAGACAGCAACGGAGCGCAUUGUGCUGUACACCGAGCGCGAGCACGAGGCCGAGCAGAUCGUUGCCAACUACGGGGCCGCGGAGGCUCGCUACGAGGAGGCGCAGGAGGAGAUGGAGCGGCUGCGGGAGGCAUUGGUGCUUGCGCAGGAGGAGGCGCAGGUGCUGGCGCAGGAAACGGAGCGAAGCCAGGAGCAGGCGCAGCUGGCGCACGAUGCGAUGGCGAAGCUCCGGACGCGUCUCGACCGAAUGAAUGAGCGGCGAGCUGAGAUGGAUGCUCAGAUACACGAGCUACAGGACAAGUUGGCAACAGCACAAGCGGAACUUGAGGCCGCGCGGCGCCAGACAGGAGGAAGACCGGAGGCUGCAUCAGAGCCACCGAAACUAGCACUUGCUGCAGAAGCGGUUAAGAAAGCUGCAACGUCCCCGGGCGAUGUGAAGGACGCAGCUGCAGGAUCAGACGCAGUUGUUGGGGAGGCCUCGCAGGCUGUUCAGGGUGUGGAUCCUGCAGGUGAGCCUGAGGCCGGAACCGCAGGGGAGGAGAGCCGGAGGGACGAGACUGCAUGCGCCUCGACCGACACAGAGGGCUUGCCUGGGGCUGAGGUUGCUGCAGCAUCCACAGACACGGCGGGGCUUCCGAGGCCGGACAACCCGGCCGUGUCAACGGACACGGAAGGCCUACCGAGGCCUGAGAUUUCCACUGUCUCAACUGACACAGAAGGCUUGCCAAAGCCGGAGAAUCCUGCGGUUUCUCCAGAUACGGAGGGCUUGCCGAGGCCCGAAAACCCAGCUGCCUCGACCGAUACACAGGACCUCCAGCCCUCACCUACGGUUGUUGAAGAGGACCCGCUAGUGCCCUCCCAGCCGCACGUGGCAGCGCCGAUGCCGCCAACAGCCUGUGCAGUACCCUCCUUCCCGUCAUCAUCGGAUGCAACGGCCGCAGCAGCAGCAGCGAUCGAAACGGAGGCGGCGGUUUCGGAGCUUGAGCUCCAGCAUCAGCAACAGCUGGUUUCGGAGCUCAUGUCCCAACUGGCCAGCCUGCAGGUGUCUUUGGAGCUCAUGUCACGACAGCUGCAGGAGCGGGAUGCGGAGGUGGCGCAGCUGCGGGCCGCAGCCGAGGCGACGGCGGCUGUGGUGAGCACAGCAACGGGUGGCGCGUCGGCCAAGGUGGCUGCCGCUGGCAUUAGGGGAAUGGUAACGGCGGCGGAUGAGCGUGCAGGCGAGGCAGCAACGGAAGCGGCAGUAAUGGGAACGGCGGGCGCAGAAAAGGAUGAGCGUGAGGCCGAUGCUGCUGGGCCAGCUGCGGAGGAGGGCGACGGUUGGGAUGAAGCCGAUGAGGAGUGGGACUCCUGGGGCUCAGACAGCAAGCCAGCCGCAGCACCAGCCGCGGUAGCCCAACCGCAACCCCUGCAGCCACUCUCGCCGCCGCCGUCCACUUCCGCCACCUCCCAACCUCCGGAAGAGACUUCCACAGCCAUGCCUCGUGACGCCUCCGCCGCUGUUGCUGCCGUACCGGCGGCGGCGCCGUCUCCUUCAGGUGACGACAACGGCGGCUCCCUGGCGGCCGCUGAGGCCAGGCUGGCGGCAUACGAGUCGGAGCUGUCGCUGCUGCAGGGCACCAUCCGGCAGCUGCUGGGCUGCUGGAGCGGUGCGACGGCGGCAGCGGCGACCACAUCCUCCGCCAGCGGCAGCGGCAAUGACGCCGGCGGCAGCGAUGGUCGCGUUGAGAUGGGCAUUCAUGGGCAGAAGAGCAGUGGUACUGGUUGCGAGACGGUCAGCUCCGCGGUUGCUGCCGUGCCGGCAGCCGGCGGGAGGCUCCAAGGGGAGGAGGAGGCGGUGCUGGGAGGUACUGUGGUUGCGUUGCUGGAGCAGCUGCAGGUGCGGUUCCGGGAGGCAGCGGCGGUACGGCAGGAGCUGGCGGAGGCGGAGGCGGAGUUGCAGCGGUUGCGGAGCAGCUGUCGGGGCAGCGGUGGAGGUGGCGUCGGCGGCAGUGAAGGCGAUGCGGAGCAGCGGAUGGAGGAGAUGGCGCAUGAGAUGACACGGCUGAUGGAGGAUUUGUCUUCCGCGGAGCACCGGGCGCAGGCGGCGGAGGCUGCUGCCGCCGCCGCUGCUUCUUGGCGGCAGCAACUGGAGGCUCAGCUCCAGCGCUCUGACGAGGCAGCUGCAGCGGCGGAGGCGGCGACGCGACAAAUGGGCGAGGAGCUGCAAGUCGCCGUCGCAGCGGCGGCGGAGGCGGCUGAGCGAACGGCGGAAUCGAGCAAGGAGCUGGAGAAGUGCCGUACGGAACUGGCGGCGGCGAGGACGGCGGCGGCGAGGACGGCGGCGGCGGAGGCGGCUGAGCAGUCGGCGAAGGUCAGCAGGGAGCUCGAGGAGUGCCGUAUCGAGCUGGCGGAGGCGAGGAGGGAAGCAGGGGCGGCGCUGAUGGAGGUAAAGGAAGCGCUUGCAGCUGCGGAGGAAAAGGCAGCUGGAGCAGCUGCCGCUGCAACGGAAGCGGAAGCGCGUGUGAAGGAGCUUGAGACGCAACUGGCCGCCGCUGUUACUUCGCCGUCGCCGUCGGCGGCGGCUACCUCCAAUGCAGCAGACGCAGCAGCUUCAGCCGGCGCCAGCGCCCCGGGUUCACCCUCCCAGCAAUCAGCCGCCUCCCCCAGUUCCAUCGCACCCGAACACAUGGGCCUCAUGCGGCAGAUUGCCGCCGCCGCUCAGACCUUCUCGCCGGUGUUUAACGCGGUCAAGGCCUCCCACGGCUGCGUAGAGGACUUAUCGAACAAGGUUUCGGAGCUCGAGAUCCUCGCGGCAACCUUGGAUGGCGCCGUCAGCAGGGCCGCCGCCGCCGCCGCUGCCUCGUCCUCAACGACGGCGGCGGGGGGACCCUCUGCUGCCGCCACCGGCACCGCCGAAGCGACCGCUGCCGUGGAUGCGGCCUCCUACCAGCAACAGCUACAGCAGCUGCAGGCGAGUGUUGCCAAAGCCGCGGACAAGCACGCUCGGCAGUUUGCGGCGCUGGAGCAGGAGCACUCGCAAGCGCUCGCGGCGGCACAAGCGCAGCAAGCGACGGCGGUUGCGGCGGCGGAAGCGCGUGUCCGUGAGCUGGAGUCUCAGCUGGCGGCGGCGCGGACCGACGCGGCGGCGGCAGCGGAGCGAGUAGCGGCAGCGCAGGCGGCGGAGGCGGAGGCCCGGCGUCUAGCGCAGGACAUUGAACGGGGCUGGGGCGAGCGAGUGGAGAGGCUUCAGAAGAUCAACAAGAAGCGUGCUGCCGAGGUGGACGAGUUGCGUGCGGAGGCUGCGGGGC